AAUCAACAGAAAAUAAAGAUCCGCUCUAAUAUGAGGAUGAAAUGGACAGACGAGUACCUCCAGUGGGAUCCCGAUGAAUGGGAUGGCAUCUAUAACAUUACCCUUCAUUGCAAUGAUAUCUGGAGACCUGAUCUGACUCUCGUACAGAAUUUGCACAAGGACGGCAUUAGCAUCGAUGAGACAUAUGUCAACAUUCAGCAUACUGGAUCAGUGGAUUGGUUGUUUCCCGCCAUUUCCACGAGCGCCUGUAAGAUCAACAUCAUGUACUUUCCAUAUGAUAUCCAGGAAUGCAAUCUCACUUACUAUCCAUGGUCAUUGGUCAACUCACAGAUGCGGCUUUUCGCACUGACCGACGACGAUGCCCUCCAGGAGCGGUACGUCCGCAACGGCAUAUGGAGACUGACCAGAUUCCUACCAUCCAACGACAGCGUCCAGUAUAAGUGCUGUCAGGACCCUUUCGACCGCGUGGUCUACACGCUGACCUUCGCACGGGAAACUGCAUUCUUCAGCACAAACAUCGUGAUCCCUGCGGUGUUCCUGACAAUCUUGAUGUUGAUCGGUUUCUGGUUACACCCGGACUCCGGGGAGAAGAUCACCUUCACAGUCACCAACCUUCUGGCACUCAUCCUCUUCCAACAGCUGGUUGCAGAGUUCAUGCCACCCAUCGGCGAGCCCAGGUCCAUUAUCGUGACGUGUUUCUUCAUCUUGAUCACCCUGAGUGUGUGUUCCGUGAUCCUAACCGUGAUCGUACUCCAUGUCUACCACAAGGACGUCGUCUCUCGACCUCCAUCGUGGGCCUUCUGGCUUCUAAGGAUCUUCAUCCAUAGUAACGCAGAAGGGAAAAUGAGCGAUUACUACAAAUAUCUCGAGGCCAAGCAAUGCGAAAGGAGGUAUUCCACUAUCCAAUACAUCUGUGACACAGUCCAGCUUGCAACCGUCUUAGACAACAAACCGCCAUCAUCAUCCGAUUCGGCUGGGGAGUCGUCCUCACUCCGAGAGGGUUCUAUCGACUUUAAGGCUUUAAAGAUGAGGAGCCCGAUGGAAUUGACCAAUGGUUUCAUGUGGAAGCAGCUAGCUCACGGUAUUGAUAGAGCCUUUGGUACCAUCUUGAGUGCCUGUAUGCUUGGGUGUGGCAUAUACGCGGUCGUUUCGUUUAGCCAGGCUCCAAAAGGAUAGACAUUUUCUAUUAAUUACAGGUUGCAAUACAUUGAUUAUUUCCCAAAGCAUUCCGAAGAAGUUAGAUGAAUAAAUUGAACAAAAAAUAGAAAAAGAAAGAACAAAAAAUACCACAUUGUACAUAAUUACACAAAUCAUGUUUGUAUAACCAGAAAUUCUAUAUUAACAUCCAUCUUCUAAAUUUAGAGAGGUACAUUCUUUCCUAGAUUAUUUUGUUACUGACCUAAAAUGAGACGAUUCUAAAUAUGGUAUCUUUUGUUUCAUGAUCUUGCCCUUGAAAAUAAGGUCUCCAUAAA